AUGGAGAACGAAGUAGAGUUGAGCAUUGAGGAGACAAACAAGCUGAGGGAGAAGCUGGGGUUGAAGAAGCUAGACGUCGAGGAUAAACAGGAAAAGAAGAAGAAUAAGAGGGGGUUGUCGAAAAGUGAGCAGGACAACGAAACGAAGGGACGCGCCAAACGGGGAGGCAAGAAGAAUGGGAAGAAGGAGGAAGAUGAACAAGAGGGGGAAGACAAAGACGGACGAAGCAAAACGAAUGAACCCCCUAAAGGAAGCAACAAAUCGGUGAAAACUAUCAGCGAGGAGUUUAAUGACGACAUAGACGAUGUGGAGAAAUGGAUAAACAAAACGAGAAACACCAUUGAUAGGAAGUUGGCAGAUGAUGAAGGCAUCAAGUACAGUGACGAUGAGGAGGAAAAAGGAAAAAAAAAAAAUAAAAAAAAAAAAAAUAACGUUAAUCGUAGCGUGACUAGUGGCCAUGCCACGGUGGAACAUAAAAAUGAAGAACUAACAGAUGACAUGAUUUUGACAUUGAAAGAUCAACAUGUCUUAAAUAAUGACGAAGAAAAAGAUUGUCUAAUAAAUGAGGAAUUAAAAAAAAAAAAUGUUAAAAGCUUACUAGCUAAAAAUGAUGAUAGUUUUUGGAGAAAAAAUUAUUAUGACCCCCUCUCAUACUAUGAUGAUACGAAUAAGCUGAAUGCAGACGAUGGCUCAGCUGUUCAUAUGAUUUCCAAGUAUGAUGAAACGAAGCACACCAUCGAUGUGACUAUUAAGUAUGACGAAGAUGGUGAUGACCAUGAUGAUGUCACUGCGAAUUCUGGUAGGGGGAGAGCGAAGGGGAAGGGAGGCAGGACUGCCAAGAGUAAGAAUAAUCGACAGGAGGAUGAGGAAAAGGGGGAAGGACAGAUGCAGCACACGCAAAAAGCGCUGUCAAUGCAGAAAAGCACUAGCCCAGAUGGCCUCUUCAAGAUGAAGAAGAGAAAAAUCAAAAAUAUCAACAGGCGGAAGAAGGAAGAGGACGCUUGGGCCUUUCUGUAUGAUGAUCCAGAGGGGCAGGAUGAAGAGGGGGAUGCUCAUGAAGAGAAACAAACAAAGGCGAGCGCUACAAAAAGGAAUACAACUGAGGGAAAAACUCGAGGAAACGAACAGAACAACGAAAACGCGAACGUAAUAGAGGACGUUCUUAAAAAAAUAAGGGACGAACAAGCGAACAUGGAUUUUAAUGGCUACUUCGAUUACGACCUGGGCGAAAACGAAGAGAACAAGGAGCUGUACGAACUUCUACAACAGGGGAAUACCUUGAAAAGGAGAAAAAAAGAAAUGGAUUACCAAAAGGAGCUCUUAAAAUAUAUAGUUAUAAAUGAUGACGUGAAAAGGAACGAAGAGACCAGCGGCAAUGUCAUUAAGUUGUCUGAUGCGUCCGAGUUCUGCAGAAGCAUAACUCUCCCGAUGGAGAUACAGGAAAAUGAGAACAUGGCGAAGCUGCAGAAAGGGGGCAGGGGCCUUCUCGACGUAGACGCAAGCGCAUUGCUCAGGGAGGACCGCUUAUCCAAUCCGCUAGGUUCGCCUAGUGUGAAUGCAAACGACGAUAUGUUAAGAUCAAGUGAUGGGAAGAAAGGAAAGGGGAAAGCCACCAAGGGUGAUCAAGCGAACGACGGCGAUAGCCAUGAAGAUGACAACAACAUGAACUUGAACGAUGACGAAUUUUCCCAAGAUGGGGUGUCUGAAAUUUUUAACGAAAUUAAACUGGAUGAGGGAUUGUACGGAGCGCUGGAAUAUUUAAAAACAAAAGGAGAAUUAAAUAUGGAGGAGAAAAUAUACCGAAAUCCGGAGAACAGACCAUUGCACAUGUCCACAUCAAAGCAUGACAUAAAAUUGGACUACAAGAACGACUCGGGGAAAGUAAUGACGCCCAAGGAAACGUUUCGAUAUAUUUCUUGGAUUUUUCACGGGAAGAAACAGGGAAAGAAUAAAAUGGAGAAGAAAAUGAGGAGGAUGGAGAUCGAGCGCCGCUUUAAGGAGGAUCCCAUGGGUUCCCUUCCCACGCUCAACGUCCUGAAGAAAGUGCAGCAGGUCCAGAAGAAGUCGUACUUCACCUUGUCCAAUAAUAAUUGA